AUUUCCUCAUGCUAAUCCUUAUUAUUCGAGUAAACCCUCUUAAGGCAAUGUGACUGACAAACCUUUAACCCCUGGAGCUCCACUCUGUAACUGGUGUGGCGCCUGGAAAGGAGAUAAGUUCUGCUGUAGUUGCAAAGUUACACGAUAUUGCUCACAAAAGCACCAGGUCAUGCACUGGCACUCAGGUCAUAAACUUGAAUGUCAACAGCUGAGUGUUUCACAUCAGUCAUCUGAUUCCAAUGGCCGUCAUGGUGGAAUUGCACAAAUUAAAGCCCAAACAGCUGCGAGCAAGAGUUUAUGGACAGAGUAUGAGAUUCAAAACGAACACGAAAGUGAAUAUGACACAGAGAUGUCUGGAGACGAGGGACAUGCCAAUAAUUCAUUGAUACCCAGGAACAGGGAUGAUGAGACAAUGAAGUCACUUAUGGAUAAUUUCGAGGGAGAUGGUGACAAAAAGAGUUGGGCUUCCUUCCAACCAGGGAUUCAAAUAGCGGAAACUAUAGCGGCCGUUAUUUCAUGGUCGUGCCACCGUCCGAAACUGAUAUUGAGGAACUUCGUGGUGGGUAACCGAUUCACGUUGGUAGCAGUCUGUCGCGCCCGCAAUUUAGCGGGUAACGGUGUAUAG